GAAAAGGUGACACUUGAUUUUUCCAUUGUCCUAUAUUUGCUCUCUGGAUUUGGAAUGCCACAGCCUAGAAAACAUAUUUCUCCCCAAUUUCCCUCUCCACCUAAAGGGUCAAAAAAAGUUGAUAAAAGUAAAAGAAAGAAAGAGAAGAAAAGGUUUAAGAAAUUUAAAGGAAGAUUAUUCGGAUACUAAACAAGUAGUAAAAGAGAUAUCAAGAAUAUUAUUAUUGACAUCAAUAAUGGCUGGGUACAGAGCUGAAGAUGACUAUGACUACUUAUUCAAGGUAGUACUAAUUGGUGAUUCAGGUGUUGGCAAGUCCAAUUUGCUUUCAAGAUUCACUAGAAAUGAGUUUAGCCUUGAGUCCAAGUCUACUAUUGGUGUUGAAUUUGCUACCAAAAGCUUAACUGUUGAUAAUAAAGUCAUCAAAGCUCAAAUUUGGGACACUGCUGGCCAAGAAAGGUACCGCGCAAUCACCAGUGCCUACUACAGAGGUGCCGUGGGUGCUUUACUUGUCUAUGAUGUCACUCGACAUUCCACAUUUGAGAGUGUUGAGAGGUGGCUUAAGGAACUGAGAGAUCAUACGGACCCCAACAUUGUUGUCAUGCUUGUCGGAAACAAAUCUGAUCUACGACAUCUGGUUGCAGUGCCGACUGAGGACGGUAAGUCUUUUGCAGAGAAGGAAUCCCUCUACUUCAUGGAAACUUCUGCCCUCGAGUCUACUAAUGUCGACAGCGCAUUUGCUGAAGUUCUCACUCAAAUCUACCACGUCGUGAGUAGAAAAGCUAUGGAGAAUGAUGGUGAGAAUGGAAACGGAAAUGUGCCUUCCAAAGGUGAAAAGAUUGAUAUAGGUAAAGAAGUAUCUGAUGUCAAGAAAUCCGGUUGCUGUUCGUCCUAAGGCUAACCUGUAUUGCUGCGUCUGGUUCUAGGUACACCGGUAGUGUAAAAUUAUCAAGACUAGCGUUGAUGCCAUCCUUUUAAAUUGUUUUCAUUUGGUAGUAAAGAAUGUCUUGUGUUAGAGAAGCUUUUCUAAUGGAACCCUUUGUGUAGACCCUGUUAUGGAUUUACUAUUGAAAUCAUUCUUUCUCUUUUCAA